UUUUGACUAACGUGAAUUUAUAAAGAGUUGCUUGAACGCCGCCAGCCUCGGGAGACCCAGUUGGCGGCGAGAGAGCGACGAAUUCUCUGGCAGGGAAAAAUACAAAGAACAUCAUGUGAGGGUCGUGCCCCGGUGCUACCAGCAGGACAGAAGCCUGGGCCGAGGGAGGGAGCCCCUGCCCCGACCCUGCCCGCUCGCCCGGCGCCCACCGCGGGCCGGAGGGACGGUGCCGCGCGGUACCUGCCGCGGCCAUUCCCGCUGCUCGCCAGCUCCCAUCCCCGCCCGGGGCUCGCCGGCGGAGCGGGAGGCAGAAGUUAACUUCCACCGGCCCUGGAGCCGCCGCUGCGCCGGCAGGAGGAGGCGGAGGAGGGGGCGGAGGCAGGCGGGGCAGCCGAGGACCCGGCUCUGGCAGGCUCCGAGGGUCCGGCCGGGUGUAAUUCCCCUGUAAUCCCCACCACGGCGGCGCUUCCCUGGCCGAGCCAUGUCUGCGGCUUCCCCGCCAUGCCGAGCCUAGCGGGGAGCGGGAGGGCUGGGGAGCGGGAGGCGCACAAAAUGAAGACCCUGAUGCGCCACGGGCUGGCCGUCUGCUUGGCGCUUACCACCAUGUGCACCAGCUUGUUGCUCAUGUACGGCGGUAUCGGCGGCGGCGGGGGUCGCCCGGAGCCGCGGCGGAGGCAGCAGCAGGUGGCGGCGGCGCCCAGUCGCCCGCCGGGACGCGGCCAGCACCAUCCGGCGCUCCCCGUCGGGGCCGGCCUCCUCGAGGGCUACAUCAGCGUCCUGGAGCAUAAGCCUUUAAAAAUGCACUGCAAGAGCUGUGCACUGGUAACCAGCUCUGGACACCUUCUGGGAAGUAAACAAGGUGAAAGAAUCGACGAGACAGAGUGUGUAAUACGAAUGAAUGAUGCACCUACUCGAGGUUAUGGAAAAGAUGUUGGAAACAAAACAAGCCUUCGAGUCAUUGCACACUCCAGUAUUCAGAGGAUUUUGCGAAAUCGCAACGAACUCUUAAAUAUGAGCCACGGAGCCGUGUUUAUCUUCUGGGGUCCUAGCAGCUACAUGAGGAGAGAUGGUAAAGGCUUGGUGUAUAACAACCUGCAGCUGAUGAAUCAGAUACUUCCUCAAUUAAAAGCAUAUAUGAUUUCUCGCCACAAGAUGCUUCAAUUUGAUGACCUUUUUAAACAGGAAACUGGGAAAGACAGGAAGAUAUCCAACACUUGGCUUAGCACGGGCUGGUUCACAAUGUCUAUCGCAUUAGAGCUCUGUGACAGGAUAAAUGUUUAUGGCAUGGUGCCACCGGAUUUCUGCAGGGAUCCUAAUCAUCCUUCAGUACCUUAUCAUUAUUAUGAACCUCUGGGACCUGACGAAUGUACAAUGUACAUGUCACACGAGCGGGGACGGAAGGGCAGCCAUCACCGUUUUAUCACAGAGAAACGAGUGUUUGAGAACUGGGCACGGACAUUCAAUAUUCACUUUUUCCAACCAGACUGGAAGCCAGAGCCACUCACUGUAAACCACCCUGAGAUUAAACCGGUGGUCUGAGGGGCGAAUGCACAAGACCACAACCACAGUCACCUCUAUCAGCCUUUGGGGUGUUGGACCUUCUAGAACAGCAAAGCAACCUCUGGGAGAAGGGUGCCGGGAUUUGCAGUUGAUCACGGCAACAACAGUCAGGAAGUUAUGAUGAAGGAGCAGAGCAUACCAAGAGUACUUUCUGUCGAGCUGUGUGUUAAUCCCAUACAUAGCCUUUUUUGGCCAUCUGACUUCCUGUAUGUGUAUGUGAUUUGUGAUAAACAACUCGAGCAUCAUUACAGAUGGUUACAUCAUUACAGUUUUUUAAAGUACAAUGCCACUGAAUUUUCAUAGUGAAAACUUACAGUAUUUAUUUAAAGGAGGUUUUUAUGCAACCUAGGCCAGUAUUUUUCUAAUUCACAGUUAGGUGGCUGUUUAUCUUUCAAAUCCAAAAUUAAUAUUGCUGAUGGUUUGAAAGGCCUAGCUUUUUAUUUAUAAAAUUUGUUUGAAAAAUACAAUUCUAUAUAGCAUGUAAUUAAUAUCUGAUCUGCAAAUGUUGCAUUUCUUUUAAAAAGCUGGGGCUCUGUUCCAGCCUAAAGCCUUUAACAGCAAGAAUGGUCCCAUGUGCAGAUCUAGCUAACUUUACAUACUGACGUCCUAUGUUAAUAAGAAAACGGUAGUGAAAAUUCUGUUUGAUAUUAAUGUGCAUUUGCUGCUGUGCUGUCAAGCUGCUGUUUUUUAAUUAGGGGUAGGAGGAAGGAGGGCAAAAUUUAUACAAAAAGAUCACUGGUUAUAGCAGCAUGCUUUUCAGUGAAGGCUAAGGCUGGAGGGGUUGUGUUCUUUUUUGCCUCUUGUAGCACUGCAAGAGGCUGUGGAAGCAACCCUCCUGAGGGAACACACUAUGAAACAGGAAACACCAUGACCAAAUCUCUGAAAUUAAGAUGUUAAACUACCAGGUUCUACAGUACCAGCCACACUAGCAAAAACAAAAUAUUACAACACUGCAGCUGCAAACAUCCUGGCAUUCCAAUGGUUCCAAGAUUUCCACUGACCUCCGAGAUCCUGGAUCGUGUUCAAUAUGGGAUGGGAAAAGAGUUUCAAGAGUACAAAACUGUCCCCUUGAAAAAAGCAAAGUUACACUUGGCAGUUUCUUCAUGAAGUACUUGUGCAUGGCAAGCCACAGGAUGGACAAUGCGAGUGCUGUAAGUGGAGCCUCACAGUGUGAAUUACUGGGUUACAUUACUUCUUGUGAAUAAAGAAGAUUUCAGUUA